AUGAACGGAUCACCCUAUUCAUCAUCAUCAUGGGUGAAAUCUUCACUAUCAACCAAUUCAUUAGGUUCAUUAUCAAACAGUUAUGCAGCAGGUAGUGCAGGAGGUAGUGGUAAUAGAAGUACAGUUAGAGGUGAUAGCAAUAAAGAUCAAAAGUUGUUGGGAUAUUUACAAAAGCAAUCUAAAUCUCAAUUACCAAAUUCAAAUGUUAAAAUUUUUAAAAAGAAAUGGUUUUGGUUUGAAUCUGAUAGUGGAACAUUAUUCUAUUCAGCCACAUCAACAGGUGCAUUAUCAACACCAUUAACACCAUCAUCAUUAUCAGAGAACAUAAAAUCAAUUAAAAUUACAUCACAAACUACAAUUGAACAAUCAAUUUCAUUUAGAUUGGAAUUAAUAAUUAAAGAUAAAGUACCAAAUGAUGAAUUUACAGUUUUAAAUUGGGUUAAUACAUUAAAUCAAUGGAAGAAAUUAAAUUGUAAUUUAGAUUUCACCAAUGACACCACCACCACCACCAACAAUAGCAAUAAUAGCAAUAGCAAUAAUAAUAAUAAGCAAUAUAAUUCAAUAGAGAAUCCAGAUUAUCUUGGGAAGUUUGGUGAAGUUGAAGGAUUAUUAAAUGCAAUGUCAGUUUCAACAUCACUUAAUACGAUGAAAACAGUUAAACCAUUAAUAAAUAAAAUUCAAAAUGAUUCUGAACAAUUAAAAUUGGUAUUAUCACAAGUUGAACAACAAAUUGAAUUCUUAAAAUCAUGUCAACUCGAAUUAAUUUCACAUUUAUCAAAUGAUAAUAAUAAUAAUAAUAAUAAUAACAAUAAUAAUAAUAAUAUACUACAAAUAUUACAACAACAACAACCUAUAUCAUCAAAAAGAACAGUAUCCAAUGAUAAUCUUGUAGGAUCAAAUAAUAGUAAUAAUCAAUUAUCAUUAUCAAUAGGAUUACCUAUUAAUUUAAAUACUUCCAAUACCACUACUACAACAAUAACCAAUAAUACAAUUGAAGGUGAAAAUGAUGAUGAUGAAGAAGAAGAUGAAAUUAAUCAAACAAGUGAUAUAUUUUCAUUAUUACCAACUCAUUUAACAUUAUAUGUAUUUUCAUAUUUAGAACCAAAAGAGUUAUUGAUAUUAGCACAAGUAUCAUCACAAUGGCAAAAGUUAGCAGGUGAUAAUUUACUUUGGGUAAGAUUUGUAACACAUUUUAUAACGCCAGCAUCAAUUUUUGAUAAGAGUCAUAAUUGGAAAUCGGUUUAUUUAGCAAAUACAGUAACAUCAUUAGGUUAUUGCUCAAAUUAUUAUUAUUUAAAGAAUCAACAAAAAGGUGGUAUUUGUACAAAUAAAGAAAAGUAUAUGAAUAGAGCGAUCAGUAUGUAUGGUGUAACACCAUUGACAUCAUUAUCGUCAUCGAAAGAGGGUUGGUUAUAUAAGAGGGGUGAUGAUUUACUUAGAAUUUGGAAAAAGAGAUAUUUCGUAUUGAGAGAUAGUUCAUUGUUUUAUUUUAAACAUCAAAAUGAUAAUUUCCCAUGUGGUGUUAUCCUUUUGAAUCAUGGUACGAAAUUAAAGAGAGCUUCAGCUUCAACCAGAAAGAAUUGUUUCAAAAUACUUCAAUCUAAAAAUUCAACAAUUACAAUGGUACAUAAAAAAAGAAUGCCAUAUUAUCUUUCAACUGAUAAAGAAGAUGAUUGUAAUGAUUGGAUGAUAUUAUUAAAUUCAAUAAUUAAAUCAAAUACUCAACAUCAAAAUAAUUAUGGUGUAAUUACAAUUUCUGGUACAAGUAAUAAUAAUAAUAAUAAUGUAUAUAUAAAUAAUAAUAAUAAUAAUAAUAAUAAUAAUAAUAAUAAUAAUAAUAAUAAUAACAAUAACAAUAAUAAUAAUGGUAGUCAAAGUUAUAAUUUACCACCAUUAUUAAGUAAAUCACCAUCAUUUAGUAAUGCAUUAACAAGUAGUACAGGUAUUAGUGGUGGUGGUGGUGGUAGUACUAAAUCACGUAAAUCACAUAAGAAAUCAUUUUCAUCGGGUGGGGGUGGUAGUGGUGGUAAUAAUAAUUUUGAACAAAUGCAACAACAAAUACAAUCUGUACAUUUAACACCAAUUUAUCCAAUGUUUGGUGUUGCAUUAUCAAAGAUAUUAGAGAAUCAAUCAUUAAUAACAACUCAAACUCAUUUAAAGAUACCAUUUAUAUUGUAUAUUUGUUUAAAUUAUAUUAUUUCAAAGGGUAUAAAGGAAGAGGGUAUAUUUAGAGUAUCAGGUAGUUUAAGAGAGGUUCAAGAAUUACAAGAACAUUUUGAACAAGGUAGAGAAAUCGAUUUGGAUCAACAUGAUAUUCAUGCAAUUUGUGGUUUGGUUAAAACAUUCUUUAGGAAAUUACCUCAUACAUUGGUUGCUGCAGAUUUAGAUGAAUAUUCAACAUCUGUACAAUUGGCUGCAUCUCAAACUGAGGAUGAAAAAAUCCAAGAAUUCAAAUUCAUUUUCGAAAGUAUUUCAGAGAAUUCAUUCCAUAUCUUUGAACUAUUAUUAUAUUGUCUAAGAUUAAUCGUUAGAAAUGAAUCUUUUAACAAAAUGACCAUUGAAAAUUUAUUAAUUGUAAUCAUGCCCACUUUAAAAUGUUCACCUGUAUUAAUAACAAAUGGAAUUAAAUAUUAUGAUGAAAUAUUCAUUAAAAAAUAA